CACUGUUGGCGUCAUAUCCGGUCUAUUCCCCGGCUGCUGAAGUUCGUAGCUGAACUUGCUAUGCCUGCAGGGGAGAAGCAGAGGGAAACAAACAGACACCUGUAACUGUCAGGAACAGAGAUAUCAGUGAGUCGGCUGCUAUUAGUGGACACAGGCGGAUGAUGUUUUCCUUUUCAAUGUCGGUCCAGCCGCAGGUGACUCUACCUCUCAGUCACCUCAUCAACAUCCUGCAUCCCCUGAAGAGCUCAGUUGGAAGCAGCAGCAGUGGCACAUGCAAGUCCAGAAAGCCCAAGGAACCUGCUCCAGAUUCAGAUCCACAAUGCACAGAGUAUGCGCUUUCAAUGUGGAACCUCCGGGAGCUCGGCUUUUCCGACCUUGGAAAGCCGCAGCUGGAUGAGCUGGUGAACCAGAUGUUUCCACAUUUGAACACACAGGAAGUGUCGUCCCAAGCCCGGGGACAGUCAGCAUGGAGGACAUCGCAUCUCUCCUCUUCCUCCUUUUUCUACAAUAAGCACGGCUUUUCAUUGGGCCCCACGCCUUUGAUGACUCCUGCUUUCUCAAACAGGCACCUGUCCCCCCUGCAGACAGUCUGCACAGAGCUUAAACACUGGCCAGUAAUGUUUCAGAGCCGAGGCUUUAAAACUUUAAGGAGCAAAACCAGGCGAGUGCAGUCGGCGUUUGAGCGGCCCGUGGACUCCGAGACUUUCACGCCAUCUUUUAUAAAGGGUUUCCUUACGCGUGAUAAAGGCUUUGAUGUUGAAAGCCUCGACGGCUUGCUGAAGAACAAGAACGUACCAGAUGGACAGCAGGACGCCUUUAAGAGGGGCUUCGCUGAGGGUUUCCUCAAAGCUCAAGCUCUGACGCAGCGAACUCAAGACUCUCUGAGGAGAACUCGUCUAAUCCUCCUGAUCCUUCUUCUGGUCGGGCUCUAUGGUCUCUCUAAAACUCCUUUCAUAUCAGUGCGCUUCCGAACAACAACAGGCCUGGACUCGGCGGUGGACCCGGUGCAGAUGAAAAACGUGACGUUUGAGCACGUGAAGGGAGUUGAAGAAGCAAAAAACGAGCUCCAGGAUGUUGUGGAGUUUCUGAAGAACCCACAGAAGUUCACAGCCCUCGGAGGAAAGCUGCCAAAGGGUGUUCUGCUUGUCGGUCCUCCAGGCACUGGAAAGACUCUCUUGGCCAGAGCUGUGGCCGGAGAGGCCGAUGUGCCGUUUUAUUACGCCUCUGGGUCAGAGUUUGAUGAGAUGUUUGUUGGUGUCGGAGCGAGUCGCAUCAGGAACCUCUUCAGAGAGGCCAAAGCCAAUGCUCCCUGUGUGAUCUUCAUUGAUGAACUAGACAGUGUGGGGGGUAAAAGGAUCGAGUCCCCUAUGCACCCUUACUCCAGACAGACUAUCAACCAGCUGCUUGCUGAGAUGGAUGGGUUUAAACCGAAUGAAGGGGUGAUCAUCAUCGGAGCCACUAACUUCCCAGAAGCUCUGGAUAAUGCGCUGAUCCGCCCGGGACGUUUUGACAUGCAGGUGACUGUACCCAAACCAGAUGUUAAGGGGCGGACGGAGAUUCUCAACUGGUACCUGAAGAAGAUUAAAGUAGAUCCAGCCAUUGAGGCCAAUCUUAUUGCCAGAGGAACCGUUGGAUUUUCCGGCGCCGACCUGGAAAAUCUGGUAAACCAGGCCGCCCUGAAGGCAGCAGUUGAUGGCAAAGACAUGGUCACUAUGAAGGAGCUGGAGUUUGCCAAAGACAAAAUACUCAUGGGCCCCGAGAGAAGGAGUGCAGAAAUUGACAACAAGAACAAGCAAAUCACGGCAUAUCAUGAAUCCGGUCACGCCAUCGUGGCGUAUUACACCAAGGACGCCAUGCCGAUCAACAAAGCUACCAUCAUGCCCAGAGGCCCAAGUCUGGGACACGUUUCCAUGCUUCCAGAGAACGACAGGUGGAGUGAGACCCGUUCUCAGCUUCUGGCACAGAUGGAUGUCAGUAUGGGCGGCCGUGUGGCAGAGGAGAUUAUAUUUGGCCAUGAGAACAUCACAACGGGAGCAUCAAGUGACUUUGAUAGCGCUACCAGGAUUGCUAAGAUGAUGGUGACCAGAUAUGGGAUGUGUGAGAAGUUAGGUGUGAUGACCUACUCUGACCUGACGGCGCAGAGUCCAGAGACACAAGCUGCUGUGGAGCAUGAAGUCCGGGUUCUUCUGAAGGAUUCCUAUGAGCGUGCCAAAGCCCUGUUAAAGUCUCACGCCAAGGAGCAUAAGAACCUGGCAGAUGCUCUGCUCAUGUAUGAGACGCUGGACGCCAAAGAGAUUCAGCUGGUUCUGGAGGGCAAAACCCUGGAGACCAGAUAAAACCCGCAGGGAGGAGCACGAACAGGAAGAGAGGGGUGGAUAGAUUUUAAAGAGAAUGGGAUCAGAUGCAUUUAGCAGGAGGGUCGUCUUUUAAAAAGUUCUUCACUUUAAGUCCUCAUGAUUUCAUAGAAUCUCCCAAACUAGAAGUGCUGGUGUAUUUAAAGCAACGACAGCAGGUUGAUGUUGAGUCACAGAUGCGGACAUGCUUAUAUUCCGCUCCUUCUGGGAAUGAUGUGUGUUACACCUAAGAAUAAAUCUGUUUUGUUUGUUUUUGCCAUGGGAUAAUGGUUGAAAAUCAACUUAAAUGUGUGCACUUGCUGCGUAUACACUGAAAGUUAAAGUUAAAUUUAAUCACUGAUGGCACUUUUUUUUUUUAGUAUUAAUUCAAGGGUUACCUUGUUGCUAAAAUGCUGCGUUUAAAAAUGGAUUUAAAAAAGAUAAUUUCUCCUUUCGGUGGAAAAUGCUUUCUUUUAUCAAACGCACUAUUUCCAUAUUAAAUUGGACUAACAACAUCCAGGUAUUUAAACAAGGUGGAAAACAUCGUAGGACACAUUCUUCUUUUUAUAAAGCCUCCCUUUUUUCAAAAACAUCAAACUACUUUGGUUUGAAAUGUCUUUUGGUUUAUCAUUGAGGUGUAAAGAAUAAAGAAAAUGUAUUUACAGAUCUUUUCCCAGUAUAAAAGAGGAAUCAAUGUCUCCUUUCAUUUGUAGUUGUUUGAUACAGCAAAUCAUAUCUCAUUUUUAAGCGUAAUCUUUUCUUCAAUCUGUACAAUUGAAGGAAAUGAAUGAUUUUUUUUACAGUAUUGCAAAGUUGGAUCAUGCUACUACUAUAAAACAGACUGAUCUAAUUGUUUCCACAUCUUUCCCAGAGAAGCCAACCAAUAUGUCCAUGUCUGUGAUCAGCACGUUGCUCAGGUUGUUUUAUCAAUUAGUGGGAAGAAAUUAUCCAUGAAUGUAAACAUAAAUGGAACAACUGUAUUUUUUUUUUUUCUUUUCCGGAAGAGAAUGUCAAAGAAUUGAAUUUUGAAAUGAACAGCAUUGUGAACUUGGAGUCAUUUUUGAUAUGAUGGGAAACCAGUCCAGCCAUUAUACAAAUACAUUCAUGUUUUAUCUCUGAGGGGAUUUCAUAGAUGUUCUCGUUUCCUUGCUUCACCAGUUUCCACAGGUUUCUGUUGCUCCUUUAUAAAGGCGGCCUACAUGUGAAUGUAUAAUGAGUCAUUUGUUUUCCAGUGCAUUACUGUUUGUGCACUUUAUGUCUAAUUUUAACGUAAAUAAAUAUAUCCUUAUUUAUUUAAUUUGGCUUUUUGGAAGCCUUUGAGUGAAUUUCCUGUAAUUACAAAUGUGUGGAGUGAAGACAAAUCAAAUGUUUUUCUUUUUUUUUUGCUUUGUCUUUCUAUUCCUAAUUGCAGAGCAAUAUUCAGUCCACUUCUGCUUAUGUAAGCGAUGUUUCUUUUUUUUUUAAGAGUGAGCAAUUAUAUGCUCUGGCUGGAUAAGAGGCACUUCAGCAAUAAUAAAUGUGUCAGGUUGUCUAAAACUGACUGGGAAGCAGCAUUUUUGACUCUAGAAGAUGUUGAUUUAUUCAGCUGCUUCUGUGGUUCAUGUCUGAUGCAACAUACUCCAAGCUUAGACCAUUAUUUAAAGGUUAUCGCAAGAGUUUAGCUUAUUCUUCACCUUGGUCUCAGUUUUAAAGAUGGUUUUCUCAGUUUAUUAAUCUCUCUACUUUGCUUGGCAUGUAAAUACUGUACGAUUCAGUGCUGGGAAUCCUGUAUAUAAAUGUAUAGGAGUGCUUUUAUGCUGUGUGCACUCUGAAUGGCUCCUAUCUGUAGAUCUCUUCCACUGUGUUAUGAUAACGACUGGUAAUGCGUAGCAGAAACACCAAACUCCAAAUAAAAUAUUUAAAUUGAA